AACUACCCUUUUCUCUCUCUAUAUUUCUCUCUCUCUAUACCACUUGUUGUCUCCUGCCUUCCACCACUUCUUCCUCCUCCCUUCCCACUCUCUCUCUCCCUCUGUCAUCUUCCUUUGUGCUCUCUGCUACGCCAUUUUCACUUUCUCAGCUCUCCAAUCCUCUGUUUUCCACCUUCAUCAGGAUAUUUAUUACAAUUUCUAUCCAGCUAACCAAACUGAAUUCACCUUCACAAAGAACUGUAACUGUCUUCGUGGCUUCUCACUCUCUCUCUAUCUAUCUCUAUCUCUCUCCUGAUUUUUUAAGCUUCCGAUGGAAGCGAACACUGAGGACUGCUGCGUUAAAGUGGCGGUUCACAUCCGGCCGCUCAUCGGAGAUGAGAAACUCCAGGGAUGCAAGGAUUGCGUCACUGUCGUUAAUGGAAAGCCUCAGGUACAACUAGGUAUGCAUUCGUUCACAUUUGAUCAAGUCUAUGGAAGUACAGCUUCUUCUCCAUCUCUCAUGUUUGAAGAGUGUAUAGCCCCACUCGUUGAUGGUUUGUUCCAAGGAUAUAAUGCAACUGUUCUAGCUUAUGGCCAGACUGGUUCAGGGAAAACGUACACAAUGGGAACUAGCUUUAGAGAUGAAUCCAGGACAGGUAUAAUUCCUCUAGUUAUGGAGGCAUUAUUCAGCAAAAUCGAGAGUUCAAAGCAUCAAAGAGAGUACCAAUUGCAUGUUUCCUUCAUUGAGAUCCUAAAAGAAGAAGUACGUGACUUGCUGGAACCAACAUCAGUCAAUAAAUCAGAUAAUAUAAAUGGACAAGUAGGAAAAGUAUCUAUUCCAGGGAAACCUCCAAUACAAAUCCGCGAGAGCUCCAAUGGUGUUAUUACGCUUGCUGGUUCUACUGAGGUCAGUGUGCGAACGUUAAAAGAGAUGUCCAGCUACCUGGAGCAUGGUUCUUUGAAUAGAGCAACUGGAAGUACAAACAUGAACAAUCAAUCAAGUCGCUCGCAUGCGAUCUUCACCAUCACAUUAGAGCAAAUGCAUAAGAUUGAUCCUGCUUUUCCUGGCAAUGGCAAUGGCAAUUUAAGUGAGAGUAUGACCGAAGAAUAUCUCUGUGCCAAAUUGCAUUUAGUAGACCUUGCUGGAUCUGAGCGAGCCAAACGAACUGGAUCAGAUGGCAUGCGUUUCAAAGAAGGUGUCCACAUUAACAAAGGCCUUCUCGCACUUGGAAAUGUUAUUAGUGCACUUGGUGACGAAAAAAAGCGAAAAGAAGGUCUUCAUGUUCCAUACAGAGACAGUAAACUAACUCGGCUUUUGCAGGAUUCUUUAGGUGGCAAUAGCAGAACUGUGAUGAUAGCCUGCAUUAGUCCUGCUGAUAUAAAUGCGGAGGAAACUCUAAACACAUUGAAAUAUGCAAACCGUGCACGGAACAUUCAGAAUAAGCCUGUUGUAAAUAGAGACCCAUUGUCCAGUGAGAUGUUGAAAAUGCGCCAACAGUUAGAAUACUUGCAGGCAGAACUUUGUGCUCGUGGAAAUGGAGGUUCGUCAGAUCAAAUGCAGAUGCUGAAAGAAAGGAUAACCUGGCUUGAAUCUACUAACGACGAUCUAUGCCGCCAGCUUCACGAAUAUCAAAGUAGAUGUGGUGUUCGGGAGCACUGUCAAACAGAUGAGCUUGUCAGUGAUGUCUGUUCUAUGAAGAGUGUGGACUUUAAGAGAGAUUUGCAAAGCACUGAUUCUUCUGACUACCAUAUGGAUGAUAGCAUAACUGGUGAUCCUGGAGAAAUAGAUGAAGAAGCAGAAAAAGAAUGGGAACACACCCUUCUACAGAACUCAAUGGAUAAAGAACUAAAUGAACUAAACAGGCGAUUGGAACAGAAAGAGUCGGAGAUGAAACUAUUUGGUUCUGUGGCCCUUAAGCAGCACUUUGGGAAGAAAAUCAUGGAACUAGAGGAAGAAAAAAGAACUGUUCAGCAAGAAAGGGAUCGGUUAUUGGCUGAAGUUGAAAAUCUCGCUGCUAACAAUGAUGGGCAAACACAGAAAAUGCAAGAUAUCCACACACAAAAACUUAAAUCCCUAGAAGCACAGAUUCAGGAUCUUAGGAGAAAACAAGAAAACCAGGUUCAGCUUUUAAAGCAAAAACAAAAGAGUGAUGAAGCAGCUAAACGAUUGCAAGAAGAAAUACAAUACAUCAAAGCACAAAAGGUUCAACUGCAACAAAGAAUGAAACAAGAAGCUGAACAAUUUCGUCAAUGGAAGGCCUCUAGAGAAAAAGAACUCCUGCAGUUACGAAAGGAAGGGAGGAGAAAUGAGUAUGAAAGGCACAAACUGCAAGCCUUAAAUCAGCGCCAGAAAAUGGUUCUUCAAAGAAAAACAGAGGAGGCUGCAAUGGCUACUAAGAGGCUAAAGGAGUUGCUAGAGGCACGAAAAUCUUCAGCACGCGAUAAUUCAGGUACAAACGGAAAUGGAACAACCGCUCAGAACAAUGAAAAAGCCUUACAACGUUGGCUUGAUCAUGAGUUAGAAGUCAUGGACAAUGUUAAUGAAGUUCGCUAUGAAUAUGAGAAACAAAGUCAAGUACGAGCCGCAUUGGCAGAAGAGUUAGCAGUGUUAAAACAAGUUGAUGAAUUUGCAGCAAAGGGGCGUAGUCCUCCGAGAGGGAAGAAUGGUUUUGCUAGAAUAUCUUCCAUGUCACCGAAUGCCAGAAUGUCAAGAAUAUCUUCUCUCGAGAAUAUGUUAAGCAUCUCGUCAAACUCGCUUGUGGCAAUGGCUACACAACUAUCAGAAGCUGAAGAACGUGAACGCGCCUUUGGUACUCGUGGGAAAUGGAACCAGUUGCGCUCAAUGGGCGAAGCAAAGAUCUUACUUCAAUAUAUGUUUAAUUCUCUUGCGGAAUCAAGGUGCCAAUCAUGGGAGAGAGAUAUUGAAGUGAAGGAAAUGAAGGAACAAAUGAAAGAGCUGGUGGGUGUUCUCCGACAGAGCGAAUCAAGGAGAAAGGAAGUUGAGAGAGAGUUGAAAAUAAGAGAACAAGCUGAGGCAGUUGCACUUUCAACUCCACCCCCAGCCGCCAUCUCUCAUAAUUCCUUGAAGCAUUUUGCUGAUGAUUUAAGUAGUAGUCCAUUGUCCCCAAUGUCUCUUCCUGCUCAGAAACAGCUCAAAUAUACAGCAGGCGUCGCUAAUGGCUCUUCCAUCAGAGAAUCAGCAGCUUUAGCAGCAGAUCAAGCACGAAAGAUGGUUCCAAUUUCACAGCUGUCAAUGAAGAAGCUGGCACUAGUUCAAGGUGGGAAACUAUGGAGGUGGAAGAGAAGUCAUCACCAAUGGCUAGUACAGUUUAAAUGGAAAUGGCAGAAGCCAUGGAAGCUAUCGGAAUGGAUAAGGCAUAGCGAUGAAACAGUAAUGAGGCCAAGGCCUCGUCCACAAGCCUUGCCAGAUGUUAUUUAUCAUCACAGACGCUAGCUCAUCUUGUCCAAAAAUCUUCUUUUGAUUGACCGUUUUUAGAAUGGCUGGCACCAAUAAUAGGCCAUGGAACGGUGGCAGUUGGAAAAUUGAUUUCAGUAUUAGUUAGCCCUGAUAAAUCUCGGAGUUCUUUGUCGGGUCAUAAUGCUGGAUUGCUGGUGGCUGCCGCUGUGUAGUAAGUAAGUAAGUAAGAAGAGUGAUGAAGAGAUGAUUAUAUAUAUACAAAAUAAUAUGGCAAAAACAGUAUAACCCAAAAGUAGUAGUAAGUAGUGUAAAAAAGGAAAUAUGAAAAACACUUUUAUUAAUCGGGCGGGGUCAGUUUGUAGAUGUUUUUCCUUAUUAUUAUUAUUAUUGUGUCUAAUUUUCUCUAUAUUGUCGGUGUUAUUUGCCUGGUGUUGUUGACUGUUGAUGUGUGCAUACACAAUAAUGAUUUUGGUUUAAAA